AAGUAAGGACCGAAUCUCAGGGCACAAAAUCAAAAGUUUUACUCAGUAGACUCUGGAAAGCUUCAUCUUCUCGGCUCUGUGCCUGAUCAGGAUUGAGGUGGAUUGCUUCUCAUAACCACAAAGUGUAGCUAAAAACAGAAGAAUGGGAAGCCAAGAGCCUGUUAAGCACCUUGAGGAUUGCUCAGUUUCCAACGCAUUGGGCACUUGGGUAUUUUCAGUAGCUGGGGCGUUGCUAGCAAUUCCAGUAGGGAUAAAAAAGAAAUCUUUAGCUCCACUUGUGUUCUUUGGCACAACUGGUACCAUGCUUGAUAUUAUUAUGGGAAUCACUCAGUGUGAAAGAGAACAUGCUGAACGCCAAAAGCAGCUCUUAGAUGCCCAACAUUCUGCAACUGAUGCUUCUUUUGCUGAGACCGGAGCCGAGUCCUAGUCUUGUGCAUAUGGAGCAAUAGGCCGCAUUCUUGGCUGCUAUCAUUUUCUCUUCAGAUUGCUUUGCUGUAAAAGCUAAAUCCCUUUCUGUAAUGAUGACUCUUUGUUUCUGUUCGGAGCUCUCUUGUUUCAUGGGUUAAUAAUCACUCAGAAGUUGUUAAUUAUGAAUGAGUUCAUGCUAGAUCUCACUCGGAUGAAACUUCCAUAUGAAAAUUGCUUUGAAGCUGAGCAGAAAAUUUAUGACUCAUGAA